UAAUGUUUCCUUCUCUAUCUGAUUUCACCUAAAAACAUACUGGAAAGCAUUAAUGUGGUGUUCUAUUUCACUUGUGGAUAAUGUGAAAACAUUAACAUCAACCAUCAAGUCAAGCUGCAUUUAAUAUUACCUAUUAGCUCAUGGUAUUUUUAAUUUGUGUUUCAUUCAGACCCCCCUGGAGUCUCUUGACGAAUCCUAGAACCGGCUGUAUGCUCAAACCUUCCACAAUUUUUCUUAUGGACUGCAAGAAGCACAGACUCUGACAUGAAGAAAGACAUUGAAACUAUAAUAGCCCAAGAAAGAGCAGAAAUCAUCAGCAAAUAUGAGAAGGGAAGGCAGCCAGGGACUCAGAUUGACCCUUGGGAGGAUGCAGACUUUGCUCUGUAUAAAGUCACUGACAGAUUUGGAUUCUUACAUGAAAAUGAACUGCCUUCACGGACAGCAGCGGAGGAAAAGCAAAAGCAGCAGGAAAUUGAACGUGUGGACAAAUGGUUGAAAAUGCUGAAGAAAUGGGCAAAAUACAGGAACAGUGAGAAGAUGUAUCGCAGAGUGUACAAAGGAAUUCCUUUACAAGUCAGGGGGCAGGUCUGGUCACUGCUUUUGGAUGUUGACACAAUGAAGUCUGAAAAUGGGGGGAAAUAUGAGAAAAUGAAAGAUCUGGCCAAGAUGUAUUCAACAGAGAUCAAGCAGAUUGAUUUAGAUGUGAAUCGUACAUUCCGCAAUCACAUUAUGUUUCGAGAGCGUUAUGGAGUCAAGCAGAGGGCAUUGUUUGAUGUUUUAUCAGCUUAUUCUGUUUACAAUACGGAAGUCAGUUACUGCCAGGGGAUGAGUCAAAUUGCAGCAGUGCUGCUCAUGUACCUGAAUGAGGAGGAUGCCUUUUGGGCUUUAGCUCAGCUGCUAACCAACCAGAGACAUGCAAUGCACGGUUUUUUUAUUCCUGGGUUUCCAAAGCUCCAGAGGUUUCAGAGUCACCAUGAACAAAUUCUCAGCAAGUUCUUCCCAAAACUGAAGAAACACAUGGACAAGGAAGAUAUGUCUACUGGCAUUUAUACAACAAAGUGGUUUUUGCAGUGCUUCUUAGACCGGACACCAUUUACACUCACUCUGAGGCUGUGGGACAUCUAUAUUUUGGAAGGCGAGCGAGUGCUGCCAGCCAUGGCUUACACCAUACUGAAACUGCAUAAAAAACGCUUGUUGAAAAUGUCAAUGGAGGACCUUCGGGAAUUUCUCCAAGAGAAGAUUGCCCGUUCCUUGAGCUACGAUGAUGAUAUUGUGGUUGAACAAUUACAGACAUCGAUGGCAGAGCUAAGGAAAAUGAAACUUGAGCUGCCUCCUCCAGGUAAAGCUGAAGAGUUUCCCAAAACGACUUUGGGUCAGGAUAUUCCUGUACAUUUACAGCCAGUUAAAACAGUUGCAGAGCCCAAUGCUCAGAAAAAGGCGGAUGGUGAGAAUUCCCAACAAACCACCAAACCCCCCAUCGACAUUAAUGAUAAUAACUCGAAUGCAACUGAUGGCAUCAAGCCUCAAAUAUGUGCCCUACAGCAAAAUGGCACUUCCAAAGUUACUGCGGUAGAAGGGACGAGUAGCAAGGCAGAAGAAGCUACUUCUGCAGAGGUAGUAAACACUCCCAUGGAUGCGGACCAGUUUACUGUGGAGCAUGUUUCUACGAAAGCUCCUUCAGAUAAGUCAAAGCUUCAAAAUGUCACAUCUCCCAACAUUUCCCUAAACAAUAAAGCAGAAAACAUUUUGUGCCAAGAAACCCUUUUGCAGUCAAAUGAUCAGCAUGAAAGUGUACUUGAACCCAGUUCUGCAACAGAAGGAUCAUCUGAAUUUAAAACAAAAGUCAACAGCCUUAAUGUACCAGUUAUCAGUUCCCCUAUUACAGAAUGUACGCAACAAUGUGAUGAGGGCAAGAUAAUGGUCAGUUCCAAAGCCACAGAUGGUGCUGACAAUAGUCAAUCACAAGACCUGCAGCCAAAUGACAUAACAGAAAUGGUCACACCAGUAAUAAAUGCUGAAGUAAUAUAUUCUAAUGAAAACAUCCAUUCCUCACAAAGUGAGAGUGAAACAUUGUCUGUUAUUAAGAAUGAUCCUUCUUCUGACUCCUUGACCUUCUCUCAAACAGCAGAAUGUAUUCUUCCUACUCUAGAAGAUGAAAGUAAGGCCACCAUUAAUACAGGACAACAGGGUUUCCUUCUGCCCCCAGAAUUAGAGACCAGGAGAUGUUCUUCACAGUAUGAUAACAUGUCUGAUUUAGACCAAGAAGAAUGGCCUCCAUGUCCUACCGAUUCAUCUUUGAAUGAAUUAGAAAAACAAACAUUGCAGUCUGAUAUCUGUAUUGUUCUGGACUUGUCUGAUGAACAGCACAAAAGUUUAGGAAAGCUCCCACAGCUGAAACCUACAUUUUGCUACCAAGGACCAUCCGGCAGUGUGCCUUCAUUGCUUACUAGUCAUUCUGGUAUGAAAGAGCCACUCGGUUCUCGCACAACUUCCUCUCCUUCUUUAAAUGACAACUUUAGUCCCUGCCAAGUUAUUAAGACUUGUACCUCAGUUCAAGUCUGUCACGGUACCAUACAAGGAUUUGAGGACAGCAAGCAGAUAGCAUGCCCUCUGCCUAAUAGGUCCAAGACCAAGUAUGUUUCUUGUAACACACAGGAAAAUCAAGGUGACCAAACUGAUUCUGAAAGCCAAAUAAAAUAUGUAAAUGGCCCAGUGACUUCCCAGGAAGACCUCCCACUUCCAACCAGAAGUCCUAAGCCGAAAAUACCAGAGAAACCAACAGCUAUUCUUAAAGCUCUUUCUGAUAACAACUUUUACUCGUGUAAACAAACUGUGUCUCAGAUGACCAAGUCCAUAACAUUCUAGGCAAGAAUAUAGCAAGCAUGACAUGCCAUCUACUACAUCAUGUUGUGUGGCAUGUGAGCCAUUUUUAUGCUGGACAUAAAAAUAGGCACGACCCAUUGAAUAGACUUGUGGAAUCAGGACCAUGCAUAGUAUUUUUCAGCUGCGCUGGUUUGUCUGGCUGGAUUUUAACAUUUUUUAAUUUCUAUUCUUUUUAAUAUAAACAAAUCACAAAGUGCUUAUUUUUUACUAUUUUCAUGUUUUUGCUUUUAUUUUUAAGAAGUCUCUUGGCAAAUCUGGUAUUUAAUAAUAUUGCUUACUCAAACGUUGCAUAAUCUCCAAGUGGUACAAAGUGAUUGUUGCAAUGAUUGCAGUACUAGCACGUGGUCUUUUUUUAUUUAAUUGUUUUGUGAUUGCUUUGUGUUGUGGCUAUGGAAGUAUUAAAUGCAAGCUAUUUACAUUC